AUGUAAAAAAUUAUUGUUCCUCUUUUAACCUUGAAUAAUGGCAACAAAAUUCCAUAGGUAGGUUAUGGUACUUACCAAUCUAAGGGUAAUGAAUUAGUGGAUGGAAUCAAAUAUGCCUUAUAAGCGUAAUAAUAUUUAUGAUUAUUACUCUUAGCGGGUACACCCAUAUAGAUUCUGCCUCUUGUUAUAGAAAUGGCAAGGAUAUUAGAGUUCCUAGGAGAGAAGACAUUUUCAUCACUUCUAAGAUCGCCCCAUAAGAACAAGGAUAUGAGAAUACCAUUAAUGCCUGCAAGAAAAUCCUCUAAGAUUUGGAUACAACAUACCUUGAUUUAUUGCUAAUUCAUUGGCCAGGUUCUGCAGGUAAUAAACCUAAUAGUCCUGAAAAUGCCACUGUGAGACUUUAGACCUAUAAAGCUUUAGAGUAAUUAUUUUAAGAAGGAAAAAUUAAAAAUAUUGGAGUCAGCAAUUUUCUAAAACAUCAUCUUGAACAUCUUCUGUAACAUUGUAAAAUCAAACCUGUUAUCAACUAAAUUGAAGUACAUCCCUUGUGUUGGGAUUAAGCUACUGUGUAAUUUUGUCAAUAACAAAGUAAUAAUUAGUAAUUAAUAAUUAGGCAUCUUAAUUGAAGCAUACUCUCCUAUUGCUAGAAAUGAUCCCAAAUUGAUCUAGAACUAAAUAAUGAUUGAACUUUCAAAGAAAUACAAUAAAACUGUUGCUUAAGUAAGUCUAAGGUGGGCUGUACAAAAGGGAUUUAUUAUAUUACCAAAAUCAAAGACUCCAAAAUACAUCAAAGAAAAUAUUGAGAUUUUUGAUUUCGAAAUUUCUUAAAAUGACAUGAAUACUAUUGAUACUCUUAAUCAAAAUUAUCACACAUGUUGGGAUCCUAGCACAGUCAUUUAUUGA